AUGGACAGAAUUAUGAAUUCGGCUAAUAAGAAUUCUUCAAUGAUCGAAAAUGUUCCUUCCUCAUCUGGACUCCCGUUUGGUCAGAAUUCUUUGGUAACCGGAAAUGAUCUUGGGUUUGUUUCUUCUUCAUCUGGACUCCAGCUUGGCCAGCUUGGCCAGUCAAGUAGCAUGUUGGAAAGCCAGCUUAAUCCACUUGCUAUAGAGUCCGAGACAAUAUCGGAAAAUGAGAUAAUGCAGCUGCUUAAAGAUGACGAAGCAAACAGCAAAUCCGACUACAAUGACAAUAAAUUUGAUGAACAAGAUGGUAACGAUGAUGAUCAUCCAAAUAAGAAAAUGCGCAAUCAUCGUCACACCAAGCAACAUAUCGAGGAAAUGGAAGCUUUGUUUAAGGAGUGUCCGAAGCCAAAUAAGAAGAAAAUGAAGGAGCUCAGUAAUAAGCUAGAGUUAGAACCUUUGCAGAUCAAAUUUUGGUUCCAAAAUAGGCGUACCCAAAUAAAGAACCAAGAUCAACACAGUGAGAAUUUAUCACUUCGAGCUGAAAAUGACAAGCUUAGGGCUGAAUGUGUGUGGUUAAGUGAAGCUAUCAACAAUGGUUGCCCUAAUUGUGGCGACCAUGGUUUCCGCUUAGGUGAAACGCCAAAUAAUGAACAAUAUUUAAGGCUAGAAAAUGCUCGCCUACAAGAAGAGGUUGUUCACAUUUCAAGACAAUAUAUUGCUAAAGUAAUUAGGGCAGCUAUGUACGAGCUUCUUCAAAUGGCUCAAAUGGGAGAGCCACUUUGGCUUCCAAACAUUGACGGUGUAAAUAAUGACUUAAAUGAAGAAGAAUACAAGAGGAAAUUCCCUAGGGGAAAUGAGCCUAAGCCUAAUGGAAUUAAGACUACUGCUUCACGAGAAAGUGUUCUUGUAACCAUGAAUCACAUCAACUUGGUGGAGAUUUUCAUGGAUACGAAUCAUUGGGCAAGGUUUUUUUCAAGUAUUGUGUUGACGGCACGUACGAUGGAUGUGUUGGAUGGAUCAACGAAAAUGAUAUAUGCAGAGUUUCAAGUUCCCUCUCCACAAAUUCCAAAUCGAGAUUGCUACUUUGUAAGGUCUUGCAAUAAAAUUGUUGAUGGACUAUGGGUAAUUGUUGAUGUUUCCCUGGACCAUACCCCGAUUACUAGGUGUUGGAAAAGGCCCUCAGGAUGCGUGAUUAAACAAAUCUCAAAUGAUAUCUCAAAGGUCACAUGGGUUGAGCAUAUCGAGGCGGAUGACACAUUAGUUCACACCUUUUACAAGACCUUUGUGAAUUCCAGCCUUGCAUUUGGGGCAAAGCGUUGGAUUUCUAUCUUGGAUAGACAAUGUGGACGAUUAGCAAGUGCAGAAGCCACAAAUUUACCCCAAAGUAAUAUUAUUCAUACGCUAUCAACAGGAAGAAAAAGCGCGUUGAAGCUUGGGGAAAGAAUGAUAAUAGAUUAUAUUUCAGGAGUGAGUGGAACAACAACACACCAAUGGACAACUUUCACAAGAAGUGGCUAUAAUACUAACGAUGUUCAAGUCAUGACUAGGCAGAGCAUAAACGAUCCAGGGAGACCACGGGGCCUUGUGUUGUGCGCUUCAACUUCCAUCUGGCUGCCCGUUCUUCCAAAACUUGUGUUUGAUUUCCUUGGGAAUGAAAACACAAGGGGCAAGUGGGACAUUCUAUCGAAUGUGGGUACUAUUCAACAAGUUACUCAUAUUGCAAAUGGAACGGAAAUAGGCAAUUCUAUCUCCAUAUUGAGAGUCAAUAGUCCAAAUCCAGCUCAAAACGAUAUGUUGAUAUUUCAAGAGAGCAUCACUGAUCCAACAGGGUCAUUUAUUGUUUAUGCACCUAUUGAUAUUCGUGCAAUAGACAUGGUAUUAUGUGGUGGGAAUCCUGAUGGUGUUCCGCUAUUACCUUCUGGAUUUGCUAUAUUCCCUGAUGGGCCAUCAAGCAGUACAAACUACGAAAUCUCUGAUUAUAGUGGAUCAUUCCUCACUAUCUCAUUCCAGAUUUUGGUACAUAAUGUACCCACUGCAAAUAUUUCUCCUCAAUCUAUUGCUUCCGUCAAUAAACUCAUGUUUUGCACCAUCGAUAAGAUCAAGAAUGCUCUCUUUCUCAAUUUUUAA